GGAGGAAUGUAAACAAGGUCGACCAAAGGACAUGUAAAAUACAUUAUUUAAUACAGGACACUGUAAAGUUUCAACAAUCUGUAAAAGAACAUUACAAAAUAGCUAUUUUCUUUACGAUUUUGAGAGAAUGAGUGCUUUAGAGUGAGUUAAUAAGGGUAUUUCCUUGUGGAAGGGCAUACUAAAUAUAGAAUAUCGUGACGAAAUACCGCGUCUACGCUUGCGCUUAAGGGUUAUUCAAGGGGGAUUGCGUGCAUUAAAUUAUAUUUAAAGAAGAAUGCGCUUGCAUUUUUGUAUAUUCAAGAAAAUAUAUCUCAGCAAUUUUUAAAGUGGAAAGUGACAUAUUAAUGUGAUAUGGGAAGUUUACGAUUGAUUUCUAAAAUUUGUGAAAAGGGAACCUGGUCAAUAUGUAAACAGCUUCAGGAUGUGGAUAAAACUUCAUUUCUGGUCAAAAUCACUGGACUUCGCACAAACAAUGGGUUGCGUCAAAUGACAACAAAAGCGGAUAUUGAUGACAACAUACAGAAAUUUAAAACAGGAAACUUUGAAAAAAUUCCGGACCCUGCCCACCUAGAUCACUUCAGGAAGUCAACAGAAGUUGCUGUACAGGAAAUAAAGAAUCCUCCCCCGAUAGGCACACACACCCUCCCGCAUCCUAUAUGGACGGAAGAUGAACUCCACAGUGUUAAAGUCACUCACAAACCACCUGAGGGGUUCGUGGACAAGCUUGCAUUUCGAUCCGUAAAACUCCUGCGACACUCAUUUGAUGUUUUGACAGGAUUUAAUUGGGGCGAACGAACAGAGAAAAAAUGGAUUCUACGUAUAUGUUUCUUGGAAACGGUAGCGGGAGUUCCAGGAAUGGUAGCGGCCAUGACGAGACACCUACACUCACUGCGCAGGCUCAAACGAGAUCAUGGUUGGAUACAUACUUUAUUAGAGGAAGCGGAGAAUGAGAGAAUGCAUCUAAUGACAGCAUUGCAGCUUCGUCAGCCAUCUUGGUUAUUUAGGAUGGGAGUGAUAGCAUCGCAAGGUGCCUUUGUGACCAUGUUUAGCCUGGCUUACCUGAUAAGUCCCCGGUUCUGCCAUCGAUUUGUUGGUUACCUGGAAGAAGAGGCUGUCUUCACCUACUCCAAGUGUCUAAAGGACAUAGAGUCUGGACCUCUGAAAAAAUGGAAAACACAGAAAGCGCCGGAUGUAGCCAUUCGUUAUUGGAAACUACCUGUCCGUGGUACAAUGAAGGAUGUUAUUUUUAACAUUCGGGCGGAUGAAGCAAAUCAUAGGAAAGUGAACCAUGUACUCGCCUCACUCAAGACUGAUCAAUAUAACCCCUUUCUACCUGGACAAUGAAAAUGACCCUUAAUGUGCCUCAUCUAUGUUUUUCAGGUAACUGCAUCCAUGAAGGAUGUAGUGCUGGCAAUUCGAGCAGAUGAGGCUCACCAUAGGGUCGUUAAUCACACACUAGCUUCCUUGAAAGAAGACGACUACAAUCCGUAUGGGCCAGGAAAAUAAUUC